AGACGGAAGAGUGCACCCACAGGCUUUCAGCACAGACGGUCGGCCAUACUGAAGCUUUCUCAGUUGGUGCUUUGUUUAUGGAGGGAUCCAGGAAUUCAGCAAACUUGUACUUCAGCUGUAAUUUUCUGCUGAGCCAUCGACAGCUAAAUAGAGAAGAAAACUGAGGAUCAAGGGAAAGAGAUCAUUGCAAAGUCAAGGCUUCUGCUAAAUAACAGCCGACAAAAGAAGACAUUUUUGAAGGACAAAAAGAAAACGGUAACCAUGUCAGCAGGAAGACACCAGUGGGAGAGUUUUGUCUUGUUUGCAAAGGCUUUGUUGCUUGUUCUGGGGGUCCACAGGGUCCAGGCCUGUCGGAUUGGCACAGGACCAGAGUGUGAGAAAGCUCCCUUUGUUCCUGGCCACAACCUUGCAGGCGAGGGUUUUGAUGUAGUGCGGUUGCGUCGAACAGGAGCGUACGUCAUUAAUGUCAAAGCUCAUCUGUCUGACAACCACACCUGUACGCUGUGUCCAAACCGCUUCCAGAAAGGACAGAUCCAGAGGUUGCCAGCAUCAGUGCUGGACUGGAGGCCUUUCAGUCGCUGCAGUAAGCAGCUUUCCAGUGCGCUCCACCACUCUGUGGAGUCCCUACUGCGCAGCUCCAACUCACUGGUAAACAACAACUGGGGGUUGGGUUUGAGCCUCGAGAGUAUCGGCCAUGGCGUGCUGGGAGGAAGCCGCUCGGAUUUGGCCAAGUUUGCCAGUUCGCAGCACAGUGUGGACAAAGCCACAUUUGCCCUUCACGAAAUCAGCUGCACCUACUACAGCUUUAGGCUGGCCGAUCAUCCUCAGCUGAGUUCAGAGUUCAUCAAGCAUCUGAGAAAACUCCCACAGACUUUAAACUCCGACCAGAGCAAAGCCUCAUACAGACGACUCAUAGACACCUAUGGAACACAUUACAUCCACCAGGUCCACCUUGGAGGCAAGGUGAGGCGGAUCACCGCCUUCCGGACCUGCCUGGCUACGCUAAAGGGCUUCUCAGAGACAGAAAUUAAAAACUGCCUUAAUGUUGAGCUCCGGGUUGCAUUGGGUUUCAUCCCUGCCAACAUGUCUUUCUCCAACAAGUGCGAUGGCCUCCUGAAAGGGAAUAUGAGCAUGGGCUUCUACCAGGGUUUUAUGACUCACAAGAUUGAGGUGAUUGGAGGGGAGAGGUACUUUCCCGACAUCCUUUACCAGCAGGAGCCUUUGGAUGCAUACCACAGCUGGAUGAACAGCCUUCAUGAAAACCCUGAUGUGGUUUCCUAUGCCAUCUUCCCCUUGCAUCACUUGGUGGAAGACUCACGUGUUAGUGCUAACCUGAGAAGCGUGGUCACAGAGUACAUCAAAGAGAACCAGCUGCAGGAGGAACUGCUGGGCUUGAAAAACUGUUCUCCGACCCCCAACCUGGAUCACAACUGUUGUCCGUUAAGGGCUGGAAGAGGAACUCUGACAGUGGAGAUCCACAGAGGAGCAGGACUGAGGGCAGACACCUUUACAAAAACAGACGCCUUCGUCAAGAUCUUCUACAGCGGCAUGUACGAGGAGACUGAGACGGUGAUGGACAACAAUGACCCAGUGUGGAACGCCACCUAUGAGUUUGGUUCGGUGGAGCUGGGUCAGGCCCUGAGGUUUGAAGUCUGGGAUAAAGACGUGCUUUACAACGACAUGGCAGGGACGUGCGUCGUCUAUCCCGAGAGAGGAAGGCACUCUUUGGGCUGCAAACUGCGCAAAGGAGUCUUCUAUUUCACCUACACAAUAACAUGUGACGCCCACUUGACAGGGUACAGAUGUGGAAGGUAUUCUCCAAAUGCAGAGUAAUGGUUUUAUGAAGGAACUUCUUCAUUUCACUUUAUCAUGUACAUUUAAAAUGGUUAAAUACCUGAUAUUUAGUAAAUAGAUAUCUGUAAUCAGCUGUCAUUUACAUUUAUUUUGAUUGUAUGUGAGAACUGGACCGCGUGUGAUGUCACCCAUAAGAAAUAACUUACUUCUGGCUCCAAAAUGCAUUCAGUAGCCAUUUUAUCAUGAAAUGGAUGCUUCAAUGUUGGAACCAGACUGCAUCAGUAAGUAGUGACUGGUCUGAAGCAGUCGCAAAUCAGGAGUGAGCCUUUUUGGAAGACCACACCCAUUCCACUGAAAGUGGGCUUGGGAGAAUCUGUCAGUCAAAAGUUUUGAAAGACGUGGAGGCCAGCGGGAUCCUCAUACUUUCAUUAAUUGGUCAUCUUAAAACUUGAAAAACGGAAAAGGAAAGAAAACAUAAUGAAAAAAAAAUUGGAUGAUGAAGAACCAAAAGUUAUCGGAUCAAGAAUGGUUAUUCUAACAAACAAAAUGACUGAAUGAUAGCUGUGUGUUUCUCUAUACAGGUCUAUGGGAUUUUGGCUUUUGGAGCCAGCAGGUACUUCCUGUUUGGAUUGCGAGGAGGUUUUCUCACAUACAGUCAAUGCUUUUAACUGAUGAAAAGUACAUCUAGAAGCUUAAAACAGUGGUUAAGAGGUACAGUACAUUUACUUUAAUUAAAUCUUUUGUGCAGUUCUUGUAAAGCUGUUUUAUUGAAGGGGAUUCUGAAGGAGACAAUCUCUUCCAAGAAACUUAUUCAGGGACCAAAAAACAGCCUAAACUAGGACUUUCACUGGGACCUACGUCCAUUUCUGCUGAUACACUGUUAAAAAUGUCGUGAAUGUCUCGAUGUGGUGGUUACUUUGUUUCAAAGCAUAUAAAUUAGGGGUCUGCAACAUUUAACACUAAGAGCCUAUUUCUUACAACUAAAACCCAGCUGUAGCAGCACAGCCCCACCUAACUAAGUAAAAUACACUUAUUUGUUUAUGUUUUUGUGGCCUUACCUGUUAAGUUUUUCUAUAAUUUAAUUAUAACUGUUAUAACAAAGUUAUUUUCAAGAUCAUACACCCCGUGUCAUAUUAGAUCCUCCAGUUGAUACAGAUUUACUUAAAUUAAAAAUGUAUGACAGUCAAACAUAUUUUCUCUCGCUAUGACUUUGAUGCGUUGUCAUCUCUUUUCUCCAAUUAAUAUCCAAUUUAAUUAUGACAACAUUGGUGUAGAAUCAUUUUUUAAUCUAUACAUGGAAAUGCAAUAUUUUUUUCAAAACUGAACCACUAACAGAUGAAAUAUUUUGCUAUAAUGUUGCUCAGUUAUCUAACAAGUCUAAGAACAAAUGAAAAAGCUUAAUAAACUAAAAAUCAACUACAAAUCCAUUAUUUAUUCAUUUUGUAAGCAAGCCACAAUGGACUUGGGAGAAUCAAAAGAUCUGAAAGACGUGGAGGCCAGCGGGAUCCUCAUACUUUAACAAUGGAGGGAUGCAUGUGGCUCCGGAGCCUCAGGUUGCAGACCCCUGAUUUAUUCUAAUGUUUGUCUUUGAGGCAUGAACGCCAAACUGCUUUGAGGCACUUAUGAACAACAGUCUUUCUGAAGCAAAAAGGAAGUUAUUUUUUGUCGUUGAAUAAUCAUAACUGGAGAGAAAAAGUCAACAGGUAACUCAAAAGGAAUACUGAGGAAAGGCAAACAUUGGCUGGAGUAAAACGUUUAAAGCUUUGAAUGGUCAGAAAUGUGGCAACUUCUCAUCUCACCCUCCAGUUUUGAUUAACUUUUGUUUUGCUGAGAUUUUCAGUGAAGUAUUUUUUCAAAGAGUCUGUAAAAAUAAACAAACUAUAAAUAAAAAUCAAGAUUGCUCCUUAAGACCGUGCAAGUGAAUGCAAAUGGGUUGUGCUCUAAAAAUGUGCGUACUGUAGUUUCUGUGUUUAACUCAAAUAGCUUAUGCAAUAUAUUCUUAUUCCGGUAGGGCUUUAAGCCUACCGGUAUAUUUUACCGUUCAAACUUUCUAGAGCAAAUAAAAUUGAAAACAUAAUUGUCUUAAUUUUAUAGAGAAAGGGUUCAAGAUGUUUCUUCUUUCCUAAACAUUUCCUCUCAAAGAUUUUAAACUUUUUGUAGCUAAUAAAGUAAAAAUUGGCACAUCUUUUGGGAAAAAUGCAGCCUAAACUUUAUAUGUUUCAGAGCUUUAAAAACAAAUGGAGCCCUGUAAGAAUAAAAAUCUUACAUUUUUAAAACAUUUAAAGCUUGCUUUACAUAUCAAUCACUGGGUCACAAAUAUUUAUUUCAAUAUUUAUUAUUCAAUUUUAACAUGUACCUAAAAAAUAUACAAAGAACACGAACAACUUCGGUGUUACACAAAAAUCGUUUGGUAAAAUGUAAAGAAAAACAACUUAAACAUGUUGGCCCCUCAUACAGUACAUUGAUCCAACAGCUGACCCAAAUGUGCCUCUGCUGGCAUAAGAACUUUGAAAGGAAACUCUUUGCUUAAACUUCUGCUUUACCUGCAGGAAAAGUCGAACUGAUUUGAACUUAAACGGAGCGAGUAAUGACCACAUUUUAAUGUGCUCUGAUUUAGAAAAGAUCAAUUAAUUUUUGUUAAUAAAUGUAUCUAAAAAGAGGUGUGAGCACCUAAAUGGAAUCCUGUUCUAAAGUUUUCCACAACUUACGGCGUCUCGGUUGGUUUCUGAAGGGGGUUUUGUGUGCAGUAUUUGGUCUGAUAUAGGCUCCCCUUUAGCUUUGGAGUUUAGGUGCAUUCUUCAUGUUUUUUUUUUUUUAAGUUUACUAAAGUGUGUAUUGUCCCUAGGUAAAACCAUAUAAGUGCUGCUUAUAUGCACACCUCAGCUCUUUCUCAGUACAGCAGCAGACCAUCAUCAUUAUCAGCUCCAAGGCAAAGAAAAGAAACAGUUUUCAGGGCUCAGCUAUGCAGCUGGAAGGGCCAAAACACAAUCAGUCUAGCAGUUGAAAAGCAAAAACUGUGAGCAUGCCCAGCAGUAGUCCAAACACAACUAUGGAUGUUCAAAACUUGAUGAAAGGUUUCAUGAUUCGUUUGGCCUGGGAAAUACGAUCCCUCUCAAAACGACUUUGGUCCUCGUGGGAUUUCUGAAGUGAACAUAUUCAAAUUAUGAAAUAAAAAACCCUCAGCAGAAGUAAAACAUUUUAAUCCUUCCAACAUAAAACAUUAAGACGGCAAUAAGUAGCUUAACCUAAACUACGCUGCUGUGGUUAAAAAGCACAUAGAAAAACUUUUACAGAUCAAAAGCACACAAGUUUGGUGUUUAAAGUCCCACCCAGAUCAUCUUCUGAUCUAUUCUAAAAGCGUUCCUUUUUCUUUUAAUUAUGACUAUGCUAUUUUUAGCCUAGAUCUAAAAACCUAUGUUGUUUUCUAGGACAUUGUUUCUGCAGAAAUUCAUUAGAAAUUUCCCUCCGAGUUGUGGGCGGGACCGUUGGCGGAACUGGACUGAGUGACCCCGACCCGCCCUCACGCUCCAAAUAGGAAGUAGCUGCUGGCUCCAAGAAGCCAAAAAAAUCCCAUAGAAUCAUGUUAUUUGACAGAAUAACCAUUCUUGCUCUGAUCUUUUUCUUAACAUCUUCUUGCCAAUUGUAUUGUAAUUGUAAGUUCUUUUAAAACAGCAUAUUUUCAUCUGCUCCUGAUUCACAACUAUUUAAAUGAUGAAAUACUCAGAAUUAUACUCUUAAUUUUCUUUCUGUUUGUCCUCAUCACAAAAGUGCUACAAAAACAUGCUAAAAAAAAUCCUAAAACACCAUUUUCAUGGGAGUGGGUCUAUAAUGUGCAGUAAAUAAUUAGAUAGAGAUAUUUAGAACAUGAAUGAGGCAGAACAAAUUCUUAAUUUCUAAAUUGAGAAACUACCACUACUGUUUUGUGCAGGUUGGUUUUGUUUGUUUGUUGCCAAAAUGAGUUACAAAAAUGGCAAGCCAGAACGUGGGUCCAUAGAGCAACAAGUGGGACGCAGGUCUAUGCGCAUGGAGGUUGUGACAUCUGUCGGAGCUUCGCUGUUGUCUGGAAGGAGGAUAACCAUCUUUUCAAGCAGAUAAGACGAGAGAGAUGGACAGUGAGAAAACACUGAACACUGAUGACGAAGAAGAUUGAUGGGACAGACAUUUUUUCUUUUGUUUGGGCCAGAUUUCUUCUUUCUUUUUGUAUUCAACUGUCAUUCAGACCAAGUGAUAUAAAAGAAACUCUGGUUACGGUUAGUGAUAGGAACUUGUGAAAAGAAUUCAUUUUGAAAACUAAUUAUCUACGUUCUGUUAUUAAAAUUCUUCUGCUAUUCUUUGCA